CUUGGUCUCUCUGCUCCUCCCGCUCGCCUCCGCACGCCCCCACCCGGGCCGGCCUCGCCUCCUCGGCGGCGGCUUCCGCCCCCUGGUAGCAGCGCUCCCAAAGGAAACGGAAGAAAGCUCAAGCCAAGCAAUGGAGGGGAACAGGGAUGAAGCGGAGAAAUGUGUCGAGAUCGCCAGGGAGGCCCUGAGCGCCGGCGACCGCGAGAAGGCCCAGCGUUUCCUGCAGAAGGCCGAGAAGCUCUACCCACUGCCCUCAGCCCGCGCACUGUUGGAAAUAAUUAUGAAAAAUGGAAGCACGGCUGGAAAUAGUCCUCAUUGCCGAAAACCGCCAAGUAAUGCUGAUCAAAGCGAGCCUAACUGCACAAAGGACAGCACAUCGGGUAGUGGUGAUGGUGGAAAAGGCUACACCAAAGACCAAGUAGAUGGAGUUCUCAGCAUAAACAAAUGUAAAAAUUACUAUGAAGUACUUGGAGUUACCAAAGAUGCUGGUGAUGAAGAUUUGAAAAAAGCUUAUAGAAAGCUUGCUUUGAAGUUUCAUCCAGACAAAAACCAUGCACCUGGAGCAACAGAUGCUUUUAAAAAGAUUGGAAACGCUUAUGCUAUUUUAAGCAAUCCAGAAAAACGAAAACAAUAUGACCUCACAGGCAAUGAAGAACAAGCAUGUAAUCACCAAAACAAUGGUAGAUUUAAUUUCCAUAGAGGUUGUGAAGCUGAUAUAACUCCAGAAGACUUGUUUAAUAUAUUUUUUGGUGGUGGAUUUCCUUCAGGUAGUGUCCAUUCAUUUUCAAAUGGACGAGCUGGUUAUAGCCAACAACAUCAGCAUCGACAUAGUGGACAUGAAAGAGAAGAAGAAAGAGGAGAUGGAGGUUUUUCGGUGUUUAUUCAACUGAUGCCCAUUAUUGUAUUGAUCCUCGUGUCACUACUAAGUCAAUUGAUGGUCUCUAAUCCUCCUUAUUCCUUAUACCCCAGAUCUGGAUCAGGGCAAACUAUUAAAAUGCAGACAGAAAACUUGGGUGUCGUUUAUUAUGUCAACAAGGACUUUAAAAAUGAAUAUAAAGGAAUGUUGUUACAAAAGGUUGAAAAGAGUGUGGAAGAAGAUUAUGUGACUAAUAUUCGAAAUAAUUGCUGGAAAGAAAGACAACAGAAAACAGAUAUGCAAUAUGCAGCAAAAGUGUACCGAGAUGAGCGACUUCGAAGGAAGGCAGAAGCCUUGAGCAUGGAUAACUGUAAAGAAUUGGAACGGCUGACCAGUAUUUAUAAAGGAGGAUGAACUGGAGUUAUAUUUAUAUCUUUUAGCAUACUAUUUAUUUUUUCUGUGAGUUAGUUUCAUCAUGAGAGCUAAAGAAGAUUUGUUGAUAAAAACUAAACUUGAAUAGUUGGUCCCUGAAAUCUUGGGCUGUUUAUAACCUACUGACUCCUUUAAAUAAUAAGAAACUAAAAACUAAAAUUAAUAUUUUAGUUAUGCUUCUGUAAGCUUAUAUGAUUGCUAACUAAAAAUGUCUAAAGAAAGGACUGUCACACCUGUAGCAGUUUCCAGUUUUAUUAAUUCUCCAUUUUUUUCUGUAUGUAAAUAUUAAUGGGAUGAUCAUUUUGUGUACGUACAAGGUUAUUGACUUUUUUUAAAAUUUAAAUUCUUUUAAUGUUUAGCUCCAUGAGACACUUCAGUUUAAAUUGAUUAAAUAAAUAUUCUAUGACAAAAUUACAUGUUCCUUGUCAGAUGUCAAAUGUGUGGAGUUUAAACAGUGAAACUUUUUCAAAAAGAAAAGAAAAAACAAAAGCUGUUUAACUUUGUGUAAAAUCUUAUAGCAUUAUUACCUAUUUUAAUAUUGCCAUUAUAUUCCAAAAUAUAUAUUGAGAGAAAUGAACUGGUGUAGAGUAUCAAUUUGCUAUUUAUUUAGUUUUAUGAAUUGCUAAGCCAUGCAUAGAAAUGAAAUGCUAUACUGAUAGAUUUUAAAGAAAAUAUGAGGAAAUGGCUAUAUAGAUAUUAAACAAAAAGGUCUUUAACAGUAAAUUGCAGUUAUGUCAUUUGCAAUCCAAUUAUUAAAAUUCCCCCAAAUGUUCAUAUAAAGGGGAGGGCAAAAGUAGGUUUAUAGUUGUAAUACAGAUAAGUGAUACAAUCAUUAAUGGAUAAGGAUUCAAAAAUAAACUUUGUUUCAUGUACUCACAACUAUAAACCUACUUUUGCCAACCCCUGUAUGUGUCUUUAUUUAAAGACUACUAAAGUUUAUGCAGAAAAGGACCUACCUGUUCCCCCACCCCUGUGGAAAUUUGCAGUUUCUUCUUAGUGACCAUUUAAGUAGAACCCAAAAGUAAAUAGAUUCUUCUACAAAUAAGUAAUAGGAAAAAGUACUACUUUGCUCUGUGCCUUUUAACCUGAUUGCCAACUCUUAAACAUGUAAGUAGAUCACAGCACACUUAUUUGAUCAGGGCAUGACCUGUUUGGCCACAUGUAACAAUGAACAGAAAUAUAGCAGCAGGUAGAAUAGUGAUUUAUAGCAAGUUAUCCUUAUAAAAUUCUGAGCUAAAGUCUAUUUACCAUUGAGUAACUCAAUUAAUCCCAUAGGAAUAAGUUUCUUGUAGUUAAAUCCACAAUACAAAUUUGAAAAAUCAGCUGGAAAUGGAAGUUUUUAGUGCCUAUAUUAGGUUUGAAAUGUUGAUUUCUAAUCUAUGUUUAACAUUGUAACAUUUUAAUUUUGCUUCAUACUCAGUUAAUGGAACAUGAACACAUCUUUGGAAGUUUCUCUUUUAAAUAUGAGAGAAUGCUGGUUAAAGUGGCAGUAUCCCUUUGUUGAAAUAUUUUUUUCUGUAUGUAGUGAAUUUAUAGCAUCUGUUGAAACUGUUAAAAUGACCAUUCUCUUAAAAAUGUUCUCUUGUGCCCCCUUUCUGGAUGAAUCAAUAGAAAUAUCUAAUUGAAUUAAAAUAAACUCCAUACUGCCCUAGGAAAGCUAGACAGCUUAACCAAUUUUCUUUUAGAAAUGCCACCUUUAAAAAAAUAGUAAUGCUUAAAAGAAAUACAAUUUUAAAUAUUUUCUUGAGCCUGUAGAAUGAAUUUAAGAAAGUCACAGCAUUCUGAUUGUGAAAGUUCAUAUGCAUCAGAAAACUUGUAAAUGAAAAAUUUCAUCCAUUUAUUUUUCUAUUUUAUUGGGAUAUUUCCAUGAUUGUGGUUGAUGCUUAUGUGAAUUGACUCUUGACUGAUUCUCUUUCCCAUAAUCCUGGUGGCAGAUGAAGUUACCAAAAUAAGUGAAAUUAUAUAUGAAGAAGUCAUACAUGGCUUGUGGACAGUAUUAUACUGUAUUUCAGUUGCAUUGCUGCAUUCCAUUACACUUCAUAAAAUGUUGGGGGAAAUGUGUUUGAUAAAAUUUGCAAACAAUUUUGGGAAAUGACUUGAGUGCCUAACAAUUUAAGCUACUUAUAAAAUAUGUAAGUAAAGAUAAAAUCCUUAAUAUUACAUAUAUCAUGUAUAAAAGUCCAACUAAGUGUAUUAGAAUUUGGGGAUUAAUUCUACAAAAUUAGAAAACUUUUUAGCUAUCUUAAGAUGUGAGAUUUUCAUAUCUUUGCUACUUUUAAAAAUUUCAACAUUUUGUCACAUUAGUUUUACCUGCAGUUUCAUUUGAAAAUUUGUACUGUUUAUUUUAAUCGUUGUCUAAAAGCCCUCAUUCUUUAAGUAUUGCAUUACUAGCUUUUCUUACUGUAUUUUAGAAGUUUUGCAGCAGUUAUAUGUGUUAAUGCUUUACAUUUUUAUACCUUUUACACAUACACACAAACAACAUUGUCCUUGUGAGGAUUUGGGGGAAAAUAAGUAGUAUCUUUUCUUCUACCUUUUUUUUAAUCCCUUAGUUCUCAAAUAGGUGCUAGUCAUUUGUAAGUUUCAGAAUUUAUUUUAAUGAAAUCUGAGAAUUUAAUUCUCAACAAUGAGAAAUUUCAAAUUAUAACCUAUCUAGUACGUGAAAAUAUAUUUUGAAAUAGAUGGCAUUUGAAUGCUUAAAUAAGUACUUGUUUCAUAAUCAUUACAUUCUUAUUUAUGAUUUACAAAGAUUUAGUAGAGAAAAGAAAGUCCUUACGGCAUCAGCACACCCCGCUUUUGUGUCAGCUCAGGUGUUCACGGGAACAGGAGUGUGAAAUUCAAACCCUUUACUUUAAUUGCACUUUUUUGCUUACAUUUCUUCCUGUUAAGUCUUCAGCUAAACUAGUAUUUAAAGUAGUUACCAAGAAAAAUAAUUAACAUCUUGAUUUCCAUUUGUUGAUAUGCAAUAUUUUAAAAUGCAGCUGUUAAUUUAAUAUAUGUGACAUGUUCCUAUGACUUAAUAAUGUAGUCCCACGUAUUCAUUAAAAAUAAAUCAAUCUCAAAUAUUUCUUGGUGUUGGCCUGAGGACCAAAUGAGCCAUUUUUCCAGUUCAGUAAGUAUUACAUUAAAGGACUAAAUGGUUCAAAGGAAUAAUUUGUGCAUUUGUUUAGCUUCCACAUAUGAAGUUUGGGUUUAGUAUUACCCAUAUUACUAUCUUCAUACUAAGUGAUGCAAACUAAAAGGGCAUUCAUAAUCUUUUUUCUUAUCAGAAGAGAAGAAUUUCUGAAAAUGAACAGUAAAUCAGAAUUUUAAUCUUUAGUAAAAUAGCUAAACAGCCCUGUCUAUUGGCCACAUGGGGCUACUGCCUAGGUAAAACCCAUAAAUCUUUCUAUAAACCAGUGAGAAAGAAAAGAGUCACCUGAUAACAAUUUCCAAACAAAAAGUGAGUAGGAUGAGGAUCUUCAAGGAAUUCUUGCGUAUCCCUUUAAUAAUCUGGCAGACAACACAGUCCUAGAAUUCAGGCUUCCUUUUUGGUUUUACUACUAUUAAAUAGAAACUUUCAUAUAAAUGGAAACAUUUUCCCUCAAACAUUAAUUCAAAACAUACUCCUUAUAUUAAGGAUUUUGUAACCACAUUUUUUUUUGUAAAUUCCGUGUGUAACUUUUUCCUUUUGGUAUGAGAUUCCUUAUUUAAUUUUAUUACCUGCUGGUUUUGGGGCCAAUAGAUUUGUGAAUAUUCUGUGGAUGUGUCCGUGUAUAGCUGUAUAUAAUAUUUUUUCCAGCUAAUACCUCAAAUGUGUGAUUAUUUUAUACCACACUAUGUUUGCACAGAGCAGGGCUUCCAUUAGCAGUGGAUAUUCUUAUUUCUAACUUUGAAAAUCAGUCCACAGGAUUUCAUUAGUGUGAAUUCUUUCUGUUGAUAUUUUUCGUAUUUUAAAACAGAUCCCUGUUGUAAGGCCCAUACUUCAAAUAUAAUUAUAUCUUCCUAUAUCUAGCAAUCUGGAAAUACGUAGGUGGUAAGAAGUGUUCCUUGAAAUGUCUUAGUUUAGUUUGUUAUUGAAAAUUGGGAUUACUGGUUGCCAAGCUGUCUAGUAACGGCAUAGCAGAUGACACCCAGCAUGAAUGUGAGGAAGUCUCAGUCACUUCAGCACAGGAAUCAGGACAUUCCAAUCUUAUAUACUACUUGCCAUUUAAAAUGGUAGGAGUUUUUCAGUGACAUAGGAGUAUUUUAAGCAUCAAUUUCAAAAUGAGUUGUUUUGAGUUGGAUAACUAUGCCAAUGAGAAGAAACUCACAUGUAAAUCAUAUUUUGUAACUUAUUUGUAUUAAAUGCUUCUUACAUGUUUAUUUUUUGUUUGUUUGUUUUUGGAUUGCCACAUAGACUUUCCAUCUAAGUCAUGUGUUUUUAACAGCUGCAGGUAAUUUUCAAGGUAUGAUGGAAUUUUAAUGGAAGCCUUGUAUUAGUUAAACGAAGUGAAACUGGUAAAGGAAAUCUAAACUUUGUCUAUAGUGCAUUCUAAAUUAUACAAUUAGAUUUAAAAAUGAAAUGUCUGAUUUGUAAAAUAUUUAAUGUUAAUAUCAGACUUAUAUAAAAUAAAAUUUCCUGUGUGAGAACUCUUAAAGAAAA